AUGGCCGAGCUUCAGAACGCCAACCCUGUGAUCCUCAACGCCGCCCAGCUGCCCAGCCGGCGCUUGGGCAAGGACACGGCAUCGAACCGGGGACCCGAGUUCAAGUUUGACGACAUCCUCGCCCCCAAGACAAAGUCGGCCGGUGGUGCUGCCUCGUCGUGGGCCGCUCCUGCUGUGGCUCCGCCGUCCCCGCUGUCGUCAGUGUCGUCGGGUGAUGCCUACGAUGACGUCGAGGCAUUCGGCGGGGAUGACGGCGAUGUUUUCACCGAGGAGCCCAUCGACGAACAGGAGAUCUACGAUAUCACAUUCCAGCAGCGGCAACGAUACAACAGCAUCCCCUCGUUCUGCGUUCCCGUGAACUAUCCCGAGCACCCGCACACGCUGGGCCAGCUUUCUGUUGUCAACUUGCCCGACAUUCGCAUUACACCUUCGCCCACCUCCGCCGAGGCCAAGGCGGCCGCCAACGACCCCAAUGCGCUGACGCAGGUCCUCGUCUACGUCACCCCAACCAUAAACCACUGCUCGCUCGUCACCGUCAUUGGUCUCGCCAUCCGCGUGCGCCUCGAGCAGACGCUACCACCCAACUACCGCGUCGAUAUCCAGGUCAAGGAGGGCGCCCACGCCCAGGACGACCAGGUCACCAAGCAGCUGUCCGACAAGGAGCGCGUGGCUGCGGCGCUGGAGAACGACACGCUGCGCGGUGUGCUGGACAAGAUGCUCGAAACGUGCCAGUGA